GUCAAAUGAGUAUAUUGCGGUCAAAAGUUCAUAUAAGAUUUGUGGGCUUGUGUGCCCACAAAUAAAGUCAAUUCCGGUCUACUGCUACUACUGCUUCGAGGUAGCAGGAACUAAAUAUGUGUGUCUGUGCAUAGCAUAUAAGUUAGAUCAGAGCAAGUUUAUUGCUACCCGGAAAUUGAUUGUGUGCGUAUGCAUGCAGGUUUGUGUGUGUGUGAGUGUGUUUUUGUGGGUGAGAGAAUGAGUGUGAAGGGUUAAUUUUCGUUCCAUGUUUGGUUUCAGAUUAAUUCCACUUGCAUGACCAAAAGGGGAGCUGCAGGAGGAAACCUAAAGUUAAAUAAACAGGGUUUGAUGAUAACCUCAAACUAAAAUAGGGUCGCUUUAGAGCUGGUUGGAGGAAGAGAAAGAGACAAAGCAAGAAGAGCUUGAGGCGUUGCUAGACCUUGAGUUUUACUGGGGCACAGGCCCCCCAACUGCCAAUACUUAUUUUAUUUUAUUUUAUUACGUGUGCACAAUAUGAAAUAGAUGGAUACAGAAGGACAAAUAUCCUUUACCUACAGCUGAGGAGCUCACCUCUCUUUUCCAUGGAUCAACGGUCUUCACAAAGUUGGAUUUACGCCAGGGCUACCUGCAAGUUCCCCUUCACCCGGCCAGCCGGGACCUGACAGCAUUUGUGACACGCUGGGGUGUUCAGGUACACACGCAUGCCGUUUGGUCUUAGCUCUGCCCCCAGCUGCUUCCAAAAGGUCAUGUCUACAAUUCUUGCUGGGGUCCCGGGGACAGCAGUUUACCUGGACGACAUUGUGGUGCAUGGGCCAGAACAAGCCACCCACGAUGCCCGCUUACACAGAGUGUUUGUGGCCCUCACCAAACAUCACCUGACACUGAACGGGGAGAAAUGUCUCUUCUCAAUACCGACUGUGAACUUUAUUGGAUUCCGCCUCUCAGCUGAUGGCAUUGCACCUCUCUCCUCCAACGUUGACACAAUACAACGCAUCCCUGAACCAACCUCCAUCACACAGGUUGCAUCGUUCCUAGGAAUGACGGCUUAUUAUUUGCGUUUCCUGCCCAACUACUCACAAACGACAGCACCCCUCCGCCAGCUCCUGAAGAAGGAGGAGCCGUGGGCUUGGUCACCACAGUGCUCUGAGUCAUUUUUCAUGCUGAAAAAACAAUUAACCUCACCUCGUGUCGUCGCCCAUUUCAGCCUCUCGAGCCCAACCUUCAUCACCUGCGACGCCUCCACUGCUGCAGUUGGAGCUGUCCUGUCGCAGCUUCAUGACGGCACGGAGAGGCCAAUCGCCUUCGCAUCUCGGGCCCUGACACCCACUGAGCAGCGGUACUCCGUGGGUGAACGUGAAGCAUUGGCCUGUGUGUGGGCGUGCGAGAGGUGGCACAUGUAUGUCUAUGGCCGUCAUUUCACCAUCAGGACGGACCACCAGGCCCUCACAACGGUGCUCUCCACGUCAGGUUCGGGACACAAGCCUCUCCGACUCCAUCGCUGGGCGGAACGCCUCCGCCAGUACCACUAGAUAGAUAGAUAGAUAUAUUUAUUUGUCAUUGGACAGAAGUACAACGAAAUUCAGUGCACUCACGUACCGGUCUCAUUUAAAAAGGUAACAUAAUAAAUAAAUAAAGAAAAUACAUUCAACAUUUCAUUCACUCACACUACAUUCAUGUCGUCAUACACUAUACCGUUUACUUAGUGCCAUUGUAUGCCUAAAAAAUAGUAAAAAAAAUAUAGUAUGCCUUAAAAUAGUAGUACAAAUAUGUAAAAGUGCUAAGCAUUGCAUUACAUGUGGACGUCGCGGAUUAAUACUGUCAGAGCUAGUGGAUUUAUUUUCAGGUCAGAGUUAAGUAUGGUGACUGCUUUCGGAUAGAAACUGUUUAUGAAUCUUGUGGUGCGUGUUCUGAUGGACCUGUAACGUUUCCCUGAGGGCAGCAGUUCAAACAGAUAGUUGGCAGGGUGGUAUGAGUCUUUCAGAAUGUUGUGUGUCUUCUGCACGCAUCGGGAGUUGAAGAUGGUGUCCAUGCUAGGUAGCUGUUGGUUGGUGAUGUUUUGGGCGGUUUUAAUAAUCCUCUGCAGUGACUUCCUGUCUGCAGUAGAACUGUUACCGUACCACGACAGAAUACCGUAGGUGAGCACACUCUCGAUGGAGCAGCGAUAGAAGGACCUUAGGUGCUGUUGAGAGAGAUUGACUUUCCUGAGUGUGCGGAGAAAGUAUAGCCGCUGCUGUGCUUUCUUAACUAUUGCUGUUGUGUUUAUUGCCCAUGAUAAGUUCUCUGAGAUAUGUGUGCCCAAGAAUUUGAAGCCUAUGACCUCAUCUUCACGCCGGGCAGGGAAAACGUGGUGGCAGAUCUCCUUUCUCGCUCCAUCGCAGCCCCAAACCCUUCUGUACCAUCACACGAUGAGGAACCAGCUCUCAUCCAAGCGCUCUAUGCACCAUUGCAGCCAGUAGUCACAAUGGAGGAACUGAACACUGAAUCAGAACGAGACCCGAUACUAUCCAAGCUGUGCACCUACAUCAGAAACGGCUGGCCGUCCCACAUCCCGGAAGAGUUGAAACCGUUUGCUCGGGUGAAAGAUGAGCUCUCCUGCUGGGCAGACACGUGUGUCUCGAGGGGGCUCUGCACCGUCGUCCCAAACACUUUGCGUGCACGUGUCCUGUCAAUGGCACAUGAGUGUCACCUGGGAAUCGUGAAACUCAAGCAGCGGUGCCGUGAGUUGGUGUGGUGGCCAGCCAUCGACCGCGAUAUUGAACAUCUGGUCCAGGACUGCUCAGCGUGCCUCCUCAGUGGGAAAACCGGACCCCCUUCAACCCCUCCCCUGCAACCGCUCCCCUGGCCUUCACGUCCCUGGGAACACGUACAGCUGGACAUCUGUGGGGAAAUCCAUGGCCGUGGUGUUCCCCACCACCAGCGCUUCCUGGUGGUCGUUUACGACCUCCACUCUAAGUGGCCGGAGGUUGUGCCAGUGGGGACGGUGACGUCGCACGUCAUGGUUCGGAUACUGGAUGGCCUCUUUGCCCGCUGGGGCGUGCCUCGGGCCAUAACAACAGAUAAUGGCCCGCAGAUGACAUCUGCGGAGUUCUCUGACUUUCUUGCCAGCAGGAGUGUCAAGCACAUCCGAACCGCUUUUUACCACCCACAGGCCAACGGUGGAGUAGAGCGUUUUAAUGCAACACUGAAGAACGGGAUUCGUGCACACCUGGCCCAAGGCUGUGCAUUCGAGGAGGCGCUCAACCAGACCUUACUGCACUACAGAGCAAGCCAUCACUCCACCACGCUUGUGUCACCAGCGUUUCUGAUGCUCGGACGAGAAUUGAGACUGCCAUUACACAGGCUCCGAGCACCAAAUAGUGACUUUCCCAUGCCCUCCCUGGCCCGAAUCCGAGAGACUGUUGCUGCACGGCAGCAGGAGACGAGGGAAAGGGUGGACAAGAAGUGCAGGGCGAGGCCACCGUCCCUUCAGGUCUCAGACUGGGUCAGGGCUCGACGGCCGCAGCGACACAACAAGUUGGCCUCGUUCUGGUCCCAACCCAGACAGAUCAGUCGCCUUCUUGGCCCCGCCACAUUUCUGCUCGAUGACGGAUCACGGUGGCAUGCUAGCAGGCUGAGGAAAGUCCCGGCACCCCUCUCUGAGCACUUGGCCACGGCACGAGCCCAGUCACCAUUCCCCUGCAACGUGGCCACUGAUCCGGGCCCACCCCCGGCCCUGGUUGCACCCCCCGCAGCACCACGCCAGGAGGUUGUGGUGCCGGACCAGAGGCCGGCGCGGGCCAGGGCUCGGCCUGUUGCCUUGCAGGACUAUGUCACGAAUUACCAUGUUUAGUCUAGCGUUUGUCUUCACAGAUUCUUGCCUAGUACAUUUUGAUAUUUUGAUUAGAUGUUCAGUUUUCUUGACGAAUGUUUGGGUUGGUUGUUAGUUGGGGUGGUAUGCUGUUUGCUUUUUCGUGGGGGGAGGAAAAUGUUAUGUUCUAUUAAUGUUAUGUUCUAAUAACAUGGUCACACUGUGAUACAUGGGUUUGCUGUAUGUUACUAAAUAGUGGUUACGGUUCCUUUAAGAGACUGUGAUUAUUAUGGGAUGCGACGUGACGUGUAAUGCGCGGGCAUUGUAAAACAAGGAAGUGUUGAUCGACACAUGAGACUGAAGUAAAGAAAUGCAGUGUACGUUCUGAAGCAACACGUGUGCGUGUCAGUCUUUCACACACAACAGUCGGGUCAAGCUCCACGCUGAUUGGCUAUCGCGGCUAAGCAUCACGCGUUGGAGCGUUGAAAGUUCAAU